UUCUCUUCCCCUCAGUCUGGUGAAUCUGUAUACUACAGCAACAAGAUUUCUCAUGAAUUCUUCAGUCAGGUAAUCCUGGAGGCUGAGAGCGGGGGAGGUGAGCAUUGCCACUACUGCCUGUACUCUCUCAGAGCUUUUGUGCCCAGCUCACCAUACUCAGACAUGGCUGCAAGAUUAGCAGUUGCUGAUGAACUCGUUUCCAAGGUUAAAGAAGAAAUAAAUGGUGUAGUGCUUUAACGGUGAAUGAUUGCAUGUGGAGUAGAAUUAGGACUUCCUUAUCUGUGCUGCCAGAGUUAAACUGGUGAAAUCAUGUGUGCUGUACUGUUAUUUAAUGAAGUGCAUGGCUGCUAUGUAAAGGUUUUAAUGACUUUGUCUGUCUGCUUAGGAACACCAUGUGUCUGGCAAAAUUUUGAGAAGGCUCAAGGUGUUAAAGAAAGCUCAGCUAAAUAAAGGAGGGUUAACGUGACAUUGCAGUUACUUAAUCCUGUAUUGUCCUGCCAUGUGACUGCAGAGACACUGAGGCGCAGUGUUUCUUUUGCCUGGCACACAGAUUAUGCUAUUCCUAUCAUCUUCCAGGAUCAGUUGCUUCGUUAAAUUUGCCAUGGGGAGGAAACGGACGAGCGAAGAACUUUUUUACAGCAAGGCUUCAAGGCACAGUGACAUUUGCAAGGCACAGUGACAAGCUCACAGGCUGAAGAAUGAAUCAAUGGCAAAGCCUAUAUUCAGCUCUUGAACUGGUAUCAGAAUGAAGGAGAACUAUGCUUUUAAGGUCAGCCAUUCAAAAGUAACUGGAAGCAUCUGGGUUUAUUGAGUAGUUAAUCAACUAUUUGUUUAACCUUCAUCUGUCAAGUUCAUUUUCAAAGCAGCAAGAUAAAGCCUGAAAAUUCUCAUCAAAUGUCUUGCAUGUGUCAAAUGUACAGCAUAGACAGUGAGCGACUUGCCACUUUCUUGCAAAUCUUACAGUUUUAAUUGCAAAGCCUCUUUUAACUUGCAGAUGAAGAUCCUGACACACCAAAUCUGUUAGUGAGAGAUGAAUGUACACAGCUUCCAGUUUUACCUCUGAUUAUGAACCGAACUGCAAUACGUAGAUAUGCCAGAUUUGGGGUUGAAGUAAUUUCCAAACUAAUCCGUGGACUUCUAGUCACCUGCUUGUUUUGCUAAGUUUGGCUCAGUGUCUGUUAUAUGCAGGACUGCAUAUUCAUACAGAAUUAUUUCCUUGAAACUCCUUAUUGGACCAUCUUGCUAAAUGGGGAAGUGAUUACCCUAUAGACUAUGACAACAGGAUAUGUGAAUGGAGGAAGUCUUGGAAAACAACGCUAUUCCAGAUGGCAUCGUGAGGACAGUGGAGAUGACGAUGGGCACCCAGAGUGCUAUGGAGGAGACGAAGAGAGCAGGCAGCACAGGCUGAGCCCAUUUGAGAAACUAAUGCAGGAUAUGUCCCAGAAUGAAAAAGUGGUGAAAGAAUUAACCCUUGGAAAAAGAAUUGGCUUCUAUCGAGUCAGAGGAGAAAUAGGAAGUGGGAAUUUCUCUCAAGUGAAGCUUGGAAUUCAUUCCCUAACCAAAGAGAAAGUGGCAAUUAAAAUUUUGGAUAAGACAAAGCUGGACCGGAAGACUCAACGUUUACUAUCUUGUGAGAUAUCCAGCAUGGAAAAACUGCAUCACCCAAAUAUCAUCAGACUGUAUGAAGUGAUGGAGACAUUCUCAAAACUGCAUCUGGUGAUGGAGUAUGCAGGUGGUGGGGAGCUCUUCACCAAAAUCAGCACAGAAGGGAAGAUGCUAGAAACAGAGUGUAAAAUAAUCUUCUCCCAGAUUGUGUCUGCUGUGAAGCACAUGCAUGAGAAUAAUAUAAUUCACCGAGACUUGAAAGCAGAAAAUGUCUUCUAUACCAGUAACACCUGUGUUAAGGUGGGAGAUUUUGGAUUCAGCAAAGUAAGUAGAAGAGAUGAAACUUUAAAUACUUUUUGUGGCUCUCCUCCAUAUGCUGCUCCUGAACUCUUCAGAGAUGAAAACUAUGUUGGCAUUUAUGUAGACAUCUGGGCACUGGGAAUCCUGCUAUACUUUAUGACAACGGGGAUCAUGCCCUUUCGGGCAGAUACAGUAGCCAAACUGAAAAAGUGCAUUCUUGAAGGAACAUACAGUUUGCCUUCCUGCCUCUCAGAAACUUGCCAGAAACUGAUAAAAGGAGUCCUUCAGCCUGUACCAACUGAACGAUACUCUCUCAAACUCAUAAUGAACAGUGAGUGGAUGCAAGGAAUACAGUACCCCAGACCCUUACAUCCAUUUAAACUAGAUCCAAAGUAUUUAUCAGAGGUCAGUACACUCAAAGAGGAAGAAAUGGAAGUGAAAAAUAUUCUCAAAGAUCUGGGAAUCACAGAAGAGCACAUUCAAAAUAACCAGGGAAGAGACGCACGCAGCUCAAUAACAGGGGUCUACAGAAUUGUUUUGCACAGAGUACAGAAGAGAAGGGCACUUGAAUGUGUUCCUAUCAUGUCCCAUCCAGACCCCAAAGAACAAGAACUGAGAAGAGUCCGUUUGUACAGUGGGAUGAAGCACACAUCCAAGCUGUGUUCUGUUUUGUAAGUUGCACUGCAAGGCUUUAUACUCAGCACAUUUAACAGAGUUUUAGUCACCUUUCACAAGUUCUAGUGUUACAUGUUUUGCAAUUUUUGAAUAAACCAAAAAUGCCUCACCUCCUUUGCAUGUCUCAAGUCAGAGGGAAGCACUCAACUAGAAAUCUCCAAUGCAUUUGUUUGUCCUUUGCUCCAGAGAUGCAGUAUAGGCAGUGCAAGAACCUCAGUAAGAGGAACAGGUAAAGGAUCAUCAGUGAAGGUGAUCUUUACUAUUAGUAAAGACCAAAUAGUACUGCAUGUAACACAGACAUUAGGAAGAUCUUUAGUAUGAGGAUGGUGGAAGCUUCAUCCCUAGAGACAUUCAUAGAGUCAGACCUGAUGGGGCUCUGAGCAACCUCAUCUACCUGGGGAUGUUUCUCCUUACUGCAGGGGUAUUGGACUAGAUGACCCUUAAAAGGUCCCUUCCAACCCACUGCAUUCCAUGAUUCAAUCAUGGUUGGGAGUUCUCAGCUAACUUCUUGAAAAGCUGCACCUUUACAACUACAAACAUGGACAUUUUUUGCAGAGAAUUAAACAAAUGCAAAUUUUUCUUUAAAACUUCUUUGACAAACAUGAUAAAAGCAUUUCAGAGCCUCUCUU